UUUUCAAGUGUGCAUUAAUCCAUAUUCCAUAGUCCGUUCAAGAAAUGUGAUCGCCUAAUGCUUGCUGGCGUAUUUCGUUUCCAAUGUCGAUGACGAUUGCCUCCGCAAUCCAUUUUUUGUUUUUAUUUACGAGUCAUAUUCAUGUGCACGCUCAGUACGUCAAAGAUGAAAUAACUUUCGUCUCUACAACACGUACCGUAGUUUUUCUUUCUGGCGUUGGAAAACAAAGUUAAAUAAUCAUUGCUUUUAUAUAUCUUGACUAUUGCCAAAUUAAAUAAGUUCGGUUGUCAGUCAAACGUUGAAAUGUUACAGAACAAUUUGCGGAUUCUGUUCAGCAUGGGGGCAAUAAAGAACUUUCCAAAUCCUCGAGUACCCGCUGAGCUCAGUAAUGGUUCAAUAGUUCUUGGCAGCCAGAUGGAGAGCAAUAACGACCAGGAAUCAGCACUUGGCAAAAUUGAUACAAUUGGUCGUUUGGCGGUCUCUGAAGCCGGAAAGCAACCGCCUGUUGUUAUCGUUUGGAGAAACGUCUUGGUCUUCAUUUAUCUCCAUCUCGCUGCUCUCUACGGACUCUAUCUCUGUUUCACGGAUGUCACGUGGGCCACUCUCGCUUGGUCGUAUGCAUUGUUUAUUUUCGGCGGUUUUGGGAUAACGGGAGGAGCGCACCGACUGUGGGCUCAUCGUUGUUAUAAAGCAAAAUGGCCUCUGCGUGUCAUUGCCGCUGUUGGACAAACAAUUGCACUUCAGAACGAUAUUUACGUUUGGAGCAGAGAUCAUCGAGUUCAUCACAAGUUUAGCGAAACGGAUGCUGACCCACACAACGCCCGCCGAGGUUUCUUCUUUGCUCACGUUGGCUGGUUGCUUUGCAGAAAACAUCCAGAAGUGAUGCGACGUGGAAAGACGGUGGAUGUUAGCGACCUUUUACAAGAUCCCAUCGUAGUCUAUCAGCGAAAGUUCUACAUUCCGCUGUUGAUCAUCUUUUGUUUCGCUAUGCCAACACUUGUGCCUUGGUAUUUUUGGGGCGAAUCGCUGAGAACAUCUUUCUUCGUCGCUUCCAUUCUUCGUUACGUAAUAACGCUCAACGCUACCUGGCUAGUCAACAGUGCUGCUCAUAUUUGGGGAACUCAUCCAUACGACAAAGGGAUCAAUCCUUCCGAAAACCGAUUCGUGGCCUUUAUAACUUCUGGUGAAGGAUGGCACAACUACCAUCAUGUCUUCCCCUGGGAUUAUAAAGCAUCGGAAUUAGGAAACUACGGCACGAACACGACAAGAGCCAUAAUUGAUUUCUGUGCUUGGCUGGGUCUGGCUUACGACCUGAAAAGCGUGCCAGAAAAAGUCGUUUACAACCGUGUUCGUCGAACAGGAGAUGGUUCUCAUCCGUUUGCCUUGCAAGACAAUCAGUUUCGAUUAGAUGAUGACAUGCAAAUGGAAGAGGAACAGUUUACCGAAAUCACACCAGCAGCAGAAAAACAAAGAUCUGCGUAAGGAAACAUGAAAAUGUGAAAUUGCACGGGAAGAUUAAUUUUGUUAGUUUUUAAUCCGCUGUAGAUUUUUUAUACCGAUUAAUAUUUAUGACUUCAUUUUGGAAAUCAGCUAUAAGUAUAACUGCUCUAGUGUCGCGCCUUUACCAAAAGAUGAAAAUAUAGUAGUUGAUGAAA